AUGGGAUCCGUGCUGAGCAGCGAAGGGAGCCGAGAACACAAAGCCCUGGCUAUAGACGACCCCAACUACGACUGUGCCGUGUGCCUGGAGGUCCUGAACCGGCCGAUGAGGACACGCUGUGGCCAUGUGUUUUGUCACAGCUGUAUUAAAGCAAGUUUGAGGAAUAAUGGGUAUGCCUGUCCAUAUUGCCGCACUCAUUUGCCAUCUGAAGGAACACUUGCUGUGGACAUCAUAAAGAAGAUGAAGACUGUUUUUCAGAAUUGUGAAGAGUGCAAGGAAAAGAUUUGCCUGAGUGAAAUGAGAGCACACAUGAAUAUAUGUCAGCAGUACAUUACAAAAUACGGCCCUCUGGUAGAGCUGGGAAAAGCACCAUGCAGAGUGGUAAUGUAUACAUGCCCAUUUUGCCCGGAGCAAGUAGAUGAAGAUGGUCUAGUGCAGCACUGUUUGGCCUACCACAAUAACGAGGAAAGGCUGGUGGUAUGUCCAGUUUGUCACCUGGUGCCAGGAGGGGAUUCCAGCUAUGAUUCAAGUUUUUUAAAGCAUCUUUAUGCCAGACACUCAAUGUACUUUGAAAAUUACAUAGAUAUAAACAUAGUGGAAGAGGCUCUUAUUGAAAGAGUAAUAGAUCUCUCUCUGAUUCACUACAUGAGGCACUCUAACAGAUCGUAA